AUGGAUAUAAACAUCGUUGAAUUUUUAAAAUAUGAAUAUGCUCAUAUACCACCCUCAUUGUCCGACCCAUCAAACCUCCUAAAUCAAUCAAACAAAGGCAAAGUUGUUGAAUAUUUCAUUCAAAAUUAUCCCCGAGGUUUUAGUUUCGUUCCAUCAAAACAACAAUUAGAGAAGUCCGUCCUGUUGCUUCAUGGAGGAAUAUUGUUACAGCACAAACCAAAACAGAACGAUACAGUCGAGUCAUAUGCAACAAAUAUGUUGAAUAACAUCAUGAAGAUGGCCACGUUACAUGAAAGAGUAUGUUCAAGAGUUAAUUCACAUUUAUACGAAUAUUUUGAAGUUUGUAUACCGAAACCAUUAAAUUUAACACCAUCCAUUCAAUAUGAUAACGACAUAUCAAUAAAUGUUAUUGAGUAUGUUGGUACAGCACCAGCUGCUUUUGAUUUAAUUCCAGAUCCGUUAAUAUUUUUUCGAGAAUCAUUAAAGCGUAUUGAUACAGUUGAUGGUAAAGCACCCACGCAGCUAAUGUUGCCCAAUACAUUUUUGAACUGCACUGGAAAAUUACGAUUUUUUGAUAAUAAAAUACUCUAUAUUGAUACGCCAGCUACGCUGGGCUUCGGCGGGGGAUUAUGUUUUCUACAAUCAAAUCCAAAUGAAUGGGAAUUUAUAGGUAUGUUAUUAGGAACAACGAAAUUAUGA